ACGCUGGAUAUGUGCAUUGCCGUCGACGCAUCGGGCUCUCUCAAAAACAAAGAAUCCAACGGAAAGACGGGCUGGGAAAACGAAAAGAUAUUCGCCACCAACCUCGUUCGCCGCGUGGCCAGCUUCGGCGACGACAUCUCCGUCCGUUACGCCAACGUUGUGUUCGGGAGAAAAAUACGAACUUGGUUUGAUUUCACUGAAAGCCAGAGCACGAACCACAUUAUCUACAGACUGGAGACCAUGCCCUACCUAGACGGGCAGACGAAUAUACCGGACGCCAUGCUGGAGUGUCAGCAACAUCUCCUGAACUCUGGCCGCAAUGUUGAAAAAGUGGUUUUAGUGCUGACUGACGGAUCAGCAACUCCGGAUUUAGGCGCUGUAAGCGUACCUGAGGCUGCUGAGUCGCUGAAAGCCAAUGGGAUACGCUCAAUCGCUGUCGGAGCGGGAAAUAUCAAUAAGACAGAGCUUCUAGUCAUUGCACAGGGUGACCCGAACUCCGUCUUCAUCGCAGAGGACACCGCCAGCCUCAAUAACCUCGUGGACGACAUCGGCGUGUCCUCUUGCGCCAAACCCAACAUUACAACAACGACGCCACGGAUAUCUACGACCACUACUCGUGCGCCGUGCCCGUGGUCCCAAUGGACCUCCUGUGACGCCAGUUGCGGGGGAGGAAAGCAGACAAGAACAAGGAAAGGCUGCUGUGAAGGGUGUUUGGAUGAAGUUGAAGGGAGAGCGUGUAACACCCAAGCUUGCCCAGGUCCGUGUCAGUGGUCAGAUUGGAGUCCUUGUGACAUUCCAUGUGGAGGCGGCGUGCAAACCAGGACCAUGAUAGAUUGUUGUGACAAGUGCUUGGCCAGACUGGACGUCCGGUCAUGUAAUACUGGCAGGUGUCCUGUUUCCGUGGAUGGCCAGUGGGGCGAUUGGUCAGCCUAUGGCGCGUGCACGGACAGUUGUGGUGGAGGCUUUCAAAUAAGGUCAAGGACAUGUAGCAAUCCCUCUCAGGCCGGAACCGGCAAGCCGUGCGUGGGACCUGCUGACGACAUAAAGAAGUGCAACAUUCAAGACUGUCCAGGAGAACUGUGGGACGGCUGA